CGAAGUAACGAAAUGACGUCGGCGUCGCAGUGCCGCAGUGCAGCAGCACGACUGUGAGAAUGGAACAAGAAUCCCAGCAGCUGAGCACCCACUCCACCGCACGAGCAUCGCGCUGCCAUCGGCAUCCAGCAACACGAACGUACAACGGCAGAGACAGUCGAGCGCCACGCCAGUUAAUUGGACGUAUAAAAGCAACAGCCCGUGCAUGUGGCAAUAUCACAAACGUUUCGCACGCGCAACCAGCAACUAGCAACUUGCAACAGUCGCAGUCAGCCAACCGAAGGCACAGUGUUCUAACGAAAAUCCGUUGAGUUCCAAAUUAAAGGCCGCAGGAGUAGCAAAAUUUCUCUUAAUUGCAGAAGCGAUUAAUAAUUUGCAUUCCGCAUUCCAGAAACUUUUAGCACAUAAAGAAGUUAUUGCAGCACUACGACAUUUGUCAAUAGUUUUUCUGUAGUUAAGACAGUUACAACAGCAACAACAACAGUAUCAUGUCGAUCUCCGAUUUCCGUAAGAAGAAAUUGCUCUUCCUGUUCAACGUUUUCUUUGAUGUCAAUCAGAGCGGCGAAAUUGACGUUAAAGACUUUGAGUUGGCCAUUGAGCGCGUUUGCAAACUGCGCGGCUGGGCAGAGAAUACACCCAAGAACAAGGAGAUUCACGCGGUCAUGUUGGAAAUCUGGGAGGGCUUGCGCUCCAAGGCCGACAAGGACAAUGAUGGACAGGUUUCCGUCGACGAGUGGUGCAACAUGUGGGACGCCUACGCUAAGGAUCCCAGCAGCGUCAUGGACUGGCAAACCAAAUACAUGAACUUUAUGUUCGACCUGGAGGAUGCCUCGACUGACGGCAGCAUCGACGCGGAGGAGUUCACAUUGGUCUGCUCCAGUUAUGGCCUGGACAAGGCCGAGUGCCAAGAUGCCUUCCAGAAAAUGGCGCAAGGCAAGUCCGAGGUCACACGUGACCAGUUCGCCAACUUAUGGAAGGAAUACUUCGCAGCGGAGGAUGUGAAUGCGCCCGGCAAUUUCAUCUUCGGCAAAAAUGCAUUUUAACGCUCUAAAAUUUGCGUAGCUGGCUAAAGCGCUCCGAGCGGGCAACCCAGCCAGGCUUAAAUUUUCAAGAUGUUUUUGUGGUCUGAUUGCAAAUAAAGUAUGUACUCUUUGUGAUGGUGUGAAGUGCGUUGGUGUGCUGAGGCAUGCAUUUUGAAGCUGGAAUAUGCAACUAUUAAUGAAAUGUUUGAGAAUAAUAAAUAAAUAUAUAUUUAAUAAAGUAAUAACAAUACAAAUUUUAAAUGAA